GGGGAGUGCGAGAGGCCAAGAACAACUUCUAAAUGGGGGCUUGGCCUUCUAACGUUGCGAAACGUUCGUGGAAAAGCGGCUCUGUGCCGCUUUACUAACACUCGGAUGUCUCUAUGCCACGUGGCCCAUUAAAACACAAUGAGAAAGGAAGGCGACUGUGGUGCCCGCGACAAUGUCGAAAGAGAUUCGUCUCUAUUCCUGUCGAGAUCACCGGAGAAUGCAACACCUGGUCAUAAACUCUGAACCGUGGUGUCGUACGUGGAAGUUGGAACACAAUGUUUGGUCGAUUUCUUAAAUAACCCCGUGUGAUACUAGCAAGAUUCAAGACUGUGUUAUGCUAAAAAUAACAUAACUGCACAAAAUGCUGACAGUGAUGUGUCCAAACUGUCGUCACCGGUUUCCAGCUCCAGGUUGUUGCGAGCCUCAAAGAAUGGAAAAAGAUAAUGCUUUAAUUCAUCCAACAACCUGUUACUAUGGUGGCCUUUUGGUUCCUAAGGGGUACACCAGUGGUGGUGGCUGUUUCAUAAAUGCUCCAACUAUUAUUCAUAGUCAACCUAUUAUAAAUUCCUUUAACUAUCCAUCGAUGGCAUUAGAUUUGGAAAAACCAAGAACUGACAAACAAAAGAAUGGUGUCCUCCAAAGAUCUGAAAAGAAUGCUCGUAUUCUUGGAUUUCCAAUAAUUAAUGAAGAUAUUGGAAAGAAUCAAAAUUCUGGGUGUCAAAUCACAACAAGCAGCGAAUUAACUGGUGGAAGUGUAACAAUAGCGACACCAAGCAUACAGUCUGGGGGUUGUUUAAUUCAAAGCACAGAUUCUGGAAUCCUUAUGCAAACGCCGCACGUAGAAAUCCGUCCAAAACUAUCUGGUGGUGGAUGUUUUGUGCAAAAUACAUUAUCAGCUGAAAAUCAAGAAGUUUCGACCACACUUCCAGAACCAAAAGAAAAUACAGAUUGUAAUGACAGAAUGAUUUUAUUACCGCCAAGUGGAUGUCAAGAAUUGCCAGGAACUCGAAGAAAUAUCCUACCACAAAAGACAGAAGGAAAAACUACAGCAGCAAACCUCACAGGAGGGAGCAAUGAAAAGCCAGUUCUCUCAAAUUUUCAAGUUACCAGCAUGCCAAUGAUGCAAUUCCAAACCAAAAGUGCUCAGAAAAAUGAACAAGAAUUAGAGCAAGGAAAAAACUUAAAUUGCUGCUGUAAUCACGUUCAAAAUCUUUACCACAUUAAAUCGAAUAGCCCUCGAGUUUCUGAAAAUCGUAAUUCCAUGCUCUUAGACUCUGAUUCAGGAGUUCAAAUUCAAGUGAAUGCAACUGUACAGAUACCUGCAAAUUUAGGACAGUGCACAGUGAAUAUCACUGCAUCUACCACAAAUUCCCCUAGUUCCUUAUCAAGUAUAGCUUCAAGGACUAGAAAUAAUUUUAAUGGUGGAGGUUUGGUACAGGAAAAUGAGGUUCAGAAUAAUGAAGAAAAUUUUGAAGACAGGAGAGACAGAACCCCAACUACACCAGUUUCAUGGAUAAUGCCUUGUCCCUGGAGUUUUGAUAGUUACAUGAUAGACAGAGAUGCAGCUAGACUUUGCGAAGUUAAAAGACUUCUACAAACUUGUGGUUGGUACCAUGAAGGGCUUAGUUGGCAACAAAGUGAAAAUUUAUUGAAGAAUGCUGCAAUUGGACGAUGGUUAAUGAGAGACAGUUCCGAUAUCAGAUAUACGUUUGCUGUAUCUGUACAAACUGCUAGGGGGCCUACUUCUGUUAGAGUUCACUAUUUUGUGGGACAGUUCCGAUUAGAUGCUGAGCCGAGACUUGCUUUCGCAAUUCCACUCUUUGACUGUCCAAUCAAAAUGCUAGAAUACUAUGUAGAAUAUUCAAAAAGCGUUGAUGAGCAUAGAAAGGAGGUUUGGGUAGAUUAUAGUGGUCAACUUUAUAGUGAAAUUUAUUUGACAAAACCUUUAAUUAAGGAAGUUAGGUCUCUUAGUCAUUUGGCCAGACUCGUUGUUAAUAGGUGCAAACUGUCGACUGAACACUUGCCACCACUAAUUAAAAAUUACCUUGCAGAAUAUCCGUACACUCUUUGAGAAAUUAUUUUUAAUGUUAUUCUUCUGAUUUCUGGAGUUAUCUAUUGACUUUUUCAAAGUUUUAUAAUUUAUUUAAUAAAUUAAUCAAUGACAUAAUGUUAAAAUUAAUAUAUA